CCAAAGGUAAUAGAAUAAAAAUGAUCCACCUAUUCUAUUUGUAGUUGUUCUAUCGCCUGGAACCGUUGUUACCAACAAUGUGGUAAUACCUAACUUUAUUUCCUAUGUUACGGAGUUCUCAUUCAACUAUGGGAAACUUCAGUUAAGUAUUUUAACAAGGCAAUGGUUUCAUAUUAUUCGUGAACUUUCCAAAAGCAAGAGAGAAUAGUCAGUCCAGAGCAAAUAAAUCAGUUUUACUAUCCGCCGAAUCGAUAACUGUGUUGGAAAAAUUUGCUACAUUUCGACCAGAGCAAUUCCCAAAAUUGCGAGAGCGUAGUUCCGUGAACGAAAGUGGUUCCUAGUGAAUAAAUUAUAAAAGAUUCUACACUGAUUUGGCAAAACUGACAACAUGUUGAAAAGAUGGAAUAAAUUUUUUUAUCGGAACUCAAAGAUAGGAGCGGAUCCGGACUCUUCUUGGAAGCUUCAAAAUGAGCAGAUGAAAACGAACCCAAUUUUUAAAUUUGCCGAUUUUAACGGCGGUGGAGAGUUGGUGAGAAUAUAUGACCAAGGUGGAAAGAAUGAACCAUAUGAAAAGAAAAAGGCUCGUAUUUGGGAAUAUGCUGAAAGAGAAAUCAAGCCGAAAUUUUUGCAUGACAGUGUGCAGUCAAUUACUGAAAACGAUUACAAAAAAUGGAUGGCAAGUAUGGAAAAAAUGAGCAAAAAGUACAUUCAACAGAAAGAACAAGAUGUUGAUUUGCUCACUCAUUUACACGGUGAUGUGAUAGAAAGUGUUAGAGGCUCUAUGGUAAGUUUGGAUUCUGUGCUCUCGCAAUAUUCAAACGAACGUUGUUUCUGGAAAUUGGAGCACCGUGGACCUGUGGGUGAAACUCCUCUCCACUUGUUAUUUGUUAAUAACACACCGAAGCACGUAGAAAUUGCCCGUAUGUUAUUGGAACUUUAUCCUGGGUUGGCUGUUGACUCAUACAUGGGACUUGACUACUACGGGGAAACUUGUAUUCAUUUCGCCAUUAUAAAUAAUGAUAUCAAAGCUUUAAAAAUUUUGUUAAGAACAAACCACUGCGAUAUUGAAGCAAGGGGACGGGGUAAAUUCUUUAUUCCAGUGGAUUUGAAACUUGGCGCGGACACUCUGGAAAAAGAAAAAUAUGAAGGGCUUGCUUAUUACGGGGAAUUUCCACUUUCAUUUGCAGCAAGCGUUGGGAAUAGUGAUAUGUAUGAUCUUUUACUAAAGAACGGUGCUAAUGUUAAUAAACGGGAUACUUUUGGAAACACGGCUCUACACUUAGCAGUGGUUCAUAAUAAAAUAGACAUGUAUCAUCAUGCAGUAAAGCACCCUGUACACCCAGCAGACGCAUCAGCAGAAAAUAAAAAAGGGUUGACCCCUUUGGCUUUGGCCGCGAAAUUGGGUAGAAAUGACAUGUUUAAAUCAAUUUUGGAUACAUCGGCGACACAAUUUUGGGCUUACAGUCACAUGGUAUGUUCAGCAUAUCCAUUAAAUAGACUGGACACUAUAUCGCCCAACGGAGAUACCGACUGGAACUCGGGACUGAUGAAGAUAAUUCAGGGAGACGAGGACAGUCAUCUGGAUAUGCUAGAAGCCGGUGUGGUAACUAGUCUACUCAAUAAGAAGUGGAAAGUGUUUGCAAAAAAAAAAUUUCUACGUCUUUUUGUGUUCCAUUUAAUUCAUGUCAUAUUUCUUUCCUGUUCAGUAUAUCUUCGACCGGACAAUGUAAAUGAAUUACUCGGCGCAACAGACGAGAGGAGCAUAGCUCGAUACGUUUUCGAAAUUCUGACUUGUGGUGGAUGCGCUCUAGCACUAUUUUAUGCAGGUCGGGAGAUCUAUAUCGAAAAACUGAGUGGAUUUUGGCAAAAUAUAAAAACCGUACCCUCUCGUUUGUUGUACUUCAUAUCCUGUAUUUUAAUACUUGUAUGCAUAAUUUUUAGAGUGACAAGACUGGUUGACGCUGAGGUGUGGUUUCUGACAUUUGCGAUUCCUUUGCUUUGGUCAUAUUUUUUAUUUUUUGCUCGAGGAUUGCCUCUCACCGGUCCCUUUGUCACUAUGAUAUACAGUAUGAUCAAGACGGAUUUAUUGAGAUUUUUUAUUAUUUAUUCCAUUAUUUUGGGUACCUCAGGCGUAGUAUUUUUCUUUCAAUUCAAGGAUUUGAAUGUAUUCGCAUUUUUAACCGAAUUAGGAACGUUCAUGACUCUCAUACAAAUGAGUUUGGGAGAGUUUGAAUAUUCUGACGUGCAACAAGGUAGAUAUCCGGCUUUUGCGGUAAUCCUCUUUGUUGUGUACAUGUUGCUUGUUCACGUACUACUGUUGAACAUGCUUAUUGCUAUGAUGACUCGAACGUAUGAGAGAAUUGCUUCAAAAACUAAAAAAGAGUGGAGACGUCAAUGGGCCAGCAUUAUUAUCAUCAUGGAACGCUCACACAGCAAUGAAGAUAAAAUAAAAUUUCAAAACUUAUACAGUGUUGAAAUGCAAGUUAGCAGAAUGACAUCAACUGGUCCUGCAGACGCAGAUAGUACCGCGCACAAUAAGGUGAAACAUAAGGGACUUCUAUGGAUUCACGAUCAAGGCAUUACUAGAGGAAAGAAAAAGGCAGCUGUUGUCGGUCUUUGGAAGAAAACACAAAAGGAUAUCUUGAGCAGGUCAACAAGUCCAGAAGCUGAUGAUGGCUUAUUUGAAGUGAGACCUGCAUCAAUACAGCCUAAGCAAGUUCCCAAGACGCCAGAAAAUAUACGACCCGGUGUAGUUGCUCGCAGACAAUUGGACGCACAGCUUGCUUUACAAGACGACGACGGGAAAGAAAGCAACCCGCCAGGAAGUGUUCCAUAAUCUUCUUUUUUUACAAAUUCAUUGCGUGUUGGUAUUAUAUCACACUAUUUUUGAUACAAUAAUAUUUUUAAGCUCUUACAGUUAUGCAGUUGUACAGAUCGAUUCCGAAUCUGCCCUUACAACCUUUGUAUGAGCAAACUACUUAGCAUGAUUACCUAGAUAUUUCAUAGUUACUGCAAAAAUAAUAUCCGAACAACCUAAUUUUGUAGCCUUUUUCUGGGAAACAAGGUGUGUUUAUCUCCUUCUCUUUAAUGUAGUUUUCAAUGCGUAAACAAUCACUUUUUUAUGAAUGUUCAGUUUCAGUAUAUAUUUUUGUAGUUUUAAAGCAGG